AUGGAUAUUGCACAACUCCGUCUGCCCCGUCCUCAUUUCAGGCUGUGUAUGGCCAUUGACCUCAUCAAGCGAAACAAAUGUUACAACUUUGUGAUCUUGGAGAAGAGCAGCAGUGCCUAUCUCGUUCGCAUCGCCGAGAAGUACGGUCUCUACAAGCACAUUCGAUUCAACUCUACGGUCGAAGAAGCGCGAUGGAAUGACGCAGAGUCAAAAUGGAAAGUUUCUGUUCAAGUUUCUGGGCAAAAGGAUAGCGAGUUCGGCAACUCCUACAUCAUCAACUCCGAUUUCUUGAUCUCCGCGGUCGGCCAGCUGAAUCUUCCACGCGAGCCCGACAUCCCCGGAUUGAAGGAAUUCCAGGGCAAGAUGAUGCACUCUGCCCGUUGGGACUGGAGCUACGAUCUGAAGGGGAAGAGAAUCGCCAUUAUUGGCAACGGUGCAACGGCUGCCCAAAUCAUCCCUGAAAUCGCCAAAGAAGCAUCUCAUCUUACCGUAUUCCAGCGGACUCCAAAUUGGGUGAUCCCUCGCGGCGACGCUCCAGUCUCGGCGCUUCAACAGGCCCUGUUAACAUACCUCCCACCACUUCGCUGGCGUAAGCGAGCACUACAAAUGGAUUUCCGAGAAGGGUUCCACGACGCCAUCUUCGACGGAGACUCGGACUUCGCUCAGUUAAUCCGCGAUUGGUGCACCGGUUUGAUGAAAACUCAACUGGCCGACCAGCCCGAGCUGUGGGAGACUUUGACACCGACGUAUUCGCCGGGAUGUAAGAGAGUCAUCAUCACUGAUGACUAUUACCCCACACUGGCUCGAGAAAACGUUAACCUGGAAACUCGACCGAUCACCAGAAUCAUGGAAAAUGGAAUCGAAGUCGAAAGGGCUGGUGAGCAGGAAUAUGAUCUUAUUGUGCUUGCCACCGGUUUCAAGACUGUGGACUUCAUGUACCCCAUCCAGGUCUAUGGUUCUGGAGGUCGCGCUCUGGGUGAUAUCUGGAAUGGUGGUGCGAAGGCCUACUACGGCAUGACCGUUGAGGAUUUGCCUAAUUUUGGCAUGUUUUAUGGACCUAACACGAAUCUUGGGCAUAACUCUAUUAUUCUGAUGAUCGAGGCUCAAUCGCGUUAUCUAAAUGCGAUGGUUGGUGAGGUUAUUCGGGCACGGCAGCAGGGACUUACCCUAGCUUUUAAACCGAAGCCCGAUGUUUUGGAAGAGUACAAUGGUCGUAUACAAAAGUUACUUAGGGCCAGUAGCUUUGCCGAUCCUAAUUGUAACAGCUGGUACAAGCAAGACGAUGGAAAUAUUACCAACAAUUGGUCCGGGACUGUCAUUGAUUAUCAGCAGAACCUAUCCCAGGUCCAGUGGGAGGACUACAUUGCGGAGGGCUCUGGCAAAUAUGUCGUCGUCGACAAAAAGCCUUCCCGUCUCGGACGGGUUCGUGAAGAAACACUAUUCAGCGAUACCUCUCUGCUCAUUGGAGCUGCUAGCAUCCUGGCAGCAGCUGGGGGGUACCUUCUGGUUCGGCUUCGACUUACGAAGGCGCGAUAG